GAUGACAUGUCACGUUGACCCAUUCUCACCUUUCCUUUCAUUUCCAAAAAUCCAACAAACGCCUUCCCAUGGGCUACUACGACUGAGCCCGCCACAACUCGUUCCCUCCAACUCAUUCGUCCCUCUCUGUCGCUGUUUUCUUCCUCUCUUUCUCUUUGGUUGAAUGGUUUUUGCCUUUUGCAGUAACCUCCUUGACGAUUCAUAUGAAAAUUCCGCUGCCAAAAGUUGAGUUUUCAAAUGACUCGUAAUUUUUUCUUUCUGUUUUUUUUUUGGGUUUUUCCAUUUGAAGGUAGACUCCAAGUAAGUGUCUGUUCAAAAAUCUCAGGUUUUUAAAAAUAAAUAAACAAAAUAUAUUAUUUUCUUCUUCCUCUUUUGUCUAUCAUAGUUGGAUUUUUAUUGGUCCCAUAGCCAUACCAGCUACAAGUUUUACUGGGUCAUAUUCGUAUAUGAAUUUUCUUCUUCUUUCUCUGUCUAAACUUUGUACAUAUAGAAAAUAAACAAAGGAAGAUAGGGAGAGAAAGAGUCAAGGGGUUUAGGUAGAAAAACAGGGCUCUUUAUUGUCAAAAAGACCAUAAAUUUCCCAUUUUGAAUGGCCUUUCCUGGAAGUAUCCUUUAAUGGGUAUCAAUUAAUUUGUUGGAAUUUUGGUUAGAGUUCUUUUUUUUUUUUGAGAUGUUAGGCCAAGAAGAAAAGGACCGGCAUGCCGGGGCUGCUGCUACUGCCCGGAAACCAUAUCUACGGUCAGUUUCUUGGACUGACCGUUCGCCAACUAAGCCUAAUCCGAAACCGCCACAGAACACGAAGGGGAGGUCUUGUUUGCCUCCUCUUUCAAUAACUAGAAGGCCUGUGGAAGAGUGGCCAAAACCUGGUUCUGAUGAUCUCGGUGUUUGGCCUAAUCCCCAGACCCCUAGAGGCUCUGUUAAGCCCCUUGAGAGUCCGGGUUCCAAUAUGGAGUUUCAGUUGAGGAGAGAUAAGCUAGCUUUCUAUGAUAAAGAGUGUUCCAGGAUUGCUGAUCAUAUUUUUUUAGGGAGUGAUGCUGUGGCUAAGAAUAGGGAAAUUUUGAGAAAAAAUGGGAUUACUCAUGUAUUGAACUGUGUUGGUUUUGUUAGUCCCGAGUAUUUCAAGAAUGAUCUUGUUUACAAAACACUUUGGUUACAAGAUAGCCCGUCUGAGGAUAUUACCAGUAUUCUGUAUGAUGUGUUUGAUUACUUUGAAGAUGUUCGAGAACAAGGCGGGAGGGUUCUGGUGCACUGCUGCCAGGGAGUGUCAAGAUCAACCUCUUUGGUUAUUGCCUAUCUCAUGUGGAGGGAAGGCCAGAGCUUUGAGGAUGCGUUUCAAUAUGUGAAGGCAGCACGAGGGGUGACUAAUCCAAAUACAGGAUUUGCUUUCCAACUUCUGCAGUGCCAAAAGAGGGUGCAUGCUGUGCGCGCAAGCCCGAAUUCUGUGCUUAGGGUGUAUAGAAUGGCUCCGCACUCAUCCUAUGAUCCUCUUCAUCUUGUACCAAAAAUGUUAAAUCAUCCUGGUAAACAAGGGCUUGAUUCACGUGGGGCGUUCAUUGUGCAUGUUCCUUCUGCUAUAUAUGUUUGGAUUGGAAAGAAAUGCAACGGUGUAGUGUCGAGUAGUGCUGGAUUGGCUGCCAAUCAGGUUGUUCGGUAUGAACGGGCGCAGGGUCCUAUUGUAACGAUUAGAGAAGGGCAAGAGCCUUUGGAAUUUUGGGAUGCCCUUGCUACUGGACAGCUCUCAGCAGAUGGUUAUGACAGAGCAGAGGUCAGGAACGUAGAUAAUUUGACUUCUAAUAACGAUAAGAUGGCUCCGUCAAAUAAAAUUGUCGGUGAAAGGAAGGUAGAUGAUUAUGAUUUGGAUUUUGAACUUUUCCGUAAGGCACUUGCUGGUGGAGUUGUUCCACCUUUUUCAGUGUCAACCGCUGGAUCAGAAACUUGCCUUCCUUCCAGAGAAAAUGGUUGGGGUAGGCUAAGACAGAAGUUUGCUAAUGGCGUCAUGAAAGAAUUUGUGAAUUCAUCCAAACUGGGUUGUAAGUUGACUCCAGUCAGUGAUCGAACUGAUAUGGUUAUUGACAUUCAGAGAGAUUCAGAAGAUAUGUCACUCUCGUCACCAUCAUCUCCGUCAAUCUUUCCAUGUGGUUCACCAGACUCCUUCGACUGUUUCCCAGAUAGUAGCCCAAUUCAGAGUCCAGAUCCUUGUGAGGAAGUAGAACCGUCGUUACUCUUUUUAUUCUCCUUGCCACCAAGGUCUCAUUGCAGUUCACCAAAUUCUUUUUCUUCUUUUGCGGCUAGCAACGCAAAAUAUUCCAAGUCUCCUACACUUUCACCUUCAACACCUGACUAUGCCAGUUCAUUUACGUUUUCACCCUCAUCCUCUAAUUGGUCUGACUUGUCAUAUUGGUCUUCUCGGCAGCCUUCACCCUCUGGCCUGGAAGCUACUGAUAUGUUUUCAGUCAAGAAUGUUUCCUCGCCACAUAAUUCUUGUUUACCAUGUAAAGAAACUUUCCCUUUACCGACCCAGACAUUUUCUUCUGACCUUACUUCGAGGGCGGCAAAUACUUGUUUGCCUUGUAAAGGUACUUCUCCCUCAAUUGCCGAGCGCAGGGGCAGUCAUCCUCCACCACGUAUGCUUCUACCAUCAGUUGAUGAAGCAGGCCCCAGGAAUCUUGUAAGGUCUUGGUCCUUUUCUCUGCCCGACUUGGAUGAUGUUGUAAUGAAUGAAUUAGAUUGUAAUCAAUAUGAGCCUGAAGACAAUAGAGAAGAGUUAACAUUAGAUUCUGAAGCUGUUGCUGCUAGUAUUGAGUCACAUAGUGGGAGUGAAGAUAAAAGGGAAUAUGGUGAAUGUCAUCCUCAAUUCGGUGGAAUCUUUGAGAAGGCUUCAGGAGUAACCACCUCGGCUAUGUACCAUUGGCCUACACUCAAUAAAGUGGAGAUGAAUGGAUCUCACAUCCUUGAGUCAGGAGCAGCAUAUAUGUUGUUGGCUCCCGAUGCAAGCUUGGGUACAAGUGAUUCUGGUGUUUUAUAUGUCUGGCUAGGGCGUGAAGUGUGUGAAAAAGGACACAGCCAAGUUGUAGGCUGUGAUGAGACAUACAAGGAUAGCCAUCCUCACUGGGAAUCUGUUGGCCGUGACUUUCUUAAUAAAAUGGAUUUGCCCCUAAAUGCCUCUAUACAGAUAGUUACAGAAGGCAAGGAGCCAGAGCAGUUCCUGAACCUUUUCAACUGUUUUGUCGUUCCAGAAGGCUGAACAGGGCAGCCAUGAUUGAGAGUGGCUAAACCAUGAUGUAGGGUUUCUUCAAGAGGUUGGUAAUGAUCUUUCUUAGCACCCUCAUCGAAUGUCAGAAUGGAGCAAUCGCAGCUUAGUCAAAAAAAGGGAGUUGGGCAUCCCAAGCAGUACAGGUCAUAACUCUAUGCUUGUGAGAUGUAUCAUUUGACCAGAUCCGAGGUAUUGUUUAACCAUGUACAGAAAUUAAGCCUGCUGUACACACUAAUAGGAAAUCCAAGUAAAUACUCGGUUGAAAUAAGUAGUUGUGAAAUUUAUUUCACCCUUUCUUCAGUUUGCCGACUGGCUACAUCCAACAACGAAAGGUGUUGCUCUUUGGGUUUGAAAAGAGAAUCAAAGUGAUUUUCAUUGUUAACGUGUU